GGAAACUUGAUCAGCAAAAAUUAGGAGUAUAAAUGACUGGACCAGACUAUACAACUUCAUACUAGCUGGGCACUGAUACAGGAGCCAUGAGGACCUACGUGCUGUUUGUGCUGGUGCUCUUCCCAUCUGCUCUGCCGGGACAGACCGUCAAUGAUCGCUACAGGACAUUCAUCAAUCAACAUGUUAACCAAGAAAUGAGCCGGACACGCUGCGAUGCAGUGAUGCGCGACAGAAAAAUAACUGUAACCAACAGCAACGAGUGUAAGGAGACCAAUACAUUCAUCAAGGCUGGGACCAAUCAAAUCAAAACGGUGUGUGGUGAAGCCGGACGUCCGUACAACAACAGCCGUAACCUGAGGGUGAGCAACCAGCCUUUCCCUAUUGUAAUCUGCAAGCAGAGGGGAAACCAUCGGUAUCCCAAAUGUGAAUAUCGGGGGCGCUCUGCCACCAGGUACAUCGUCAUUGGAUGUGAGGACGGCUUCCCUGUGCACUUUGAAAGUGAUGUCAACCUCAGUUGAUCAGACUAAAAUGCUGAAAUUUAAAUCUCAUUGAAUUCAGUUGUCAUGAUGUUUU